CCCCCGGCGACGCGCCAGUGACUUUGUGCUGAGGGAAGCGGUCUGAGGAAGGGGGUGGCCUUCGGGAACAGAAACUGCUGGUGUUUUUGCAGCCUAGGAACCCUGAUGGCAAGUGCGGGAGCCAGGACCGCAGAUGGGCCCUGAAGGGCGAGGGGCUCCGCUUACCUGGAGAAGGGUCGGAGAGGUCCGGAAGGGGACAGCGGGGUCGGGGCGAGGCCAGCGGAGAGGUCGCGGCUCCCCGAACAUUGGAAGAGGGUCCGAGAGGAAAGAAGUAACCAAGUCCUCGACUGUAGACCCAUGUGCCAAAAGAGAAGUCUGAGGAGUUGGGCUGGACUGGCAGUCAAGGUUUAGAGGGAAGACAAGGGGUUUUGGAGUCAGUCAUAUGUAAGGAUUUCUGGUAGGUCCUGUUUUAGGACAAGAUACUAUACUGUUGAAACAUCAAUCUGAUUUGAUUCACAGACAGUUGGCUUUUCAGCUGGGAAACCAUUUUUUUUUUUUGGCGGCUUACUGACCUUAUGAAACGAUGGCAGAAGGAGAGACAGAGUCACCUGGGCCCAAAAAGCAUGGCCCCUAUAUCUCAUCUGUGACUAGCCGCAGUGUGAAUUUGAUGAUUCGUGGAGUAGUGCUGUUUUUUAUUGGAGUGUUUCUUGCAUUGGUGUUAAAUUUACUACAGAUUCAGAGAAAUGUGACACUCUUUCCACCUGAUGUGAUUGCAAGCAUCUUUUCUUCAGCAUGGUGGGUACCACCGUGCUGUGGCACAGCUUCAGCUGUGAUUGGGUUGUUAUACCCCUGCAUUGACAGGCAUCUAGGAGAACCACAUGAAUUUAAGAGAGAGUGGUCAAGUGUAAUGCGGUGUGUGGCCGUCUUUGUCGGUAUAAACCAUGCCAGCGCUAAAGUGGAUUUUGAUAACAACAUACAGUUGUCUCUGACACUGGCUGCACUGUCCAUUGGAUUGUGGUGGACUUUUGAUAGAUCUAGAACUGGUUUUGGCCUUGGAGUAGGAAUUGCUUUCUUGGCAACCUUGGUCACGCAACUGCUAGUCUACAAUGGUGUUUAUCAAUAUACAUCUCCAGAUUUUCUCUAUGUUCGUUCUUGGUUACCUUGUAUAUUUUUUGCUGGAGGCAUAACAAUGGGAAACAUUGGCAGACAACUGGCGAUGUAUGAGUGUAAAGUUAUCGCAGAAAAAUCUCAUCAGGAAUGAAGAAGGCAAAAAUAUAUUUUUUGUACAGAAAAACAAGAUGAAAAGGGCAUGUAAAUGAUAGCUAUACCAACGAAACUAUGGACUAUAAAAUUGCCAGGCUGCAGUUUUUCUCCUGAUUGGUAUAUUUGUAUUACUGCAAUCUGUGAUUGCUUCGUCUGUAAAUCAGUUGCAAACCUUUAUGUAUUUGACUUAAAUAAGUGUAAAAUAUAUAUGCACUGCAUUAAAAAUGUUGAUUAAUAGAUGAAAUUUUUAAAUUAAUUUUUUAAACAUACCAUAUAUUGUAUCACAAUGUUGAUGUGCCAAAAUAUUCUGUUACUGUCAUGCAGAGUAUAAGAAUGCUUUGAACAAUUUAAAAACUUCAUGAAAUAAAAUAAGAGGAAGGCCCAAAAAACAUGAA